AUGGCACCCCAAAAGCUACCACCAAAGACGCAGCAGCAGCAGAGUCAGAGUCAGGGUGCUGCCAAACCCAAGGCCAAACCCAAACCAAGAAAAGAAAUGGAAUCUACGACUACCACUACUAGUAGUCAGCCGGCGAUUCCAGAGCAUGAAGUCAAACAAAGCUCGUCCAUGAGCGCGCAGCUCGCGCUUGAAGCAGGAAAGAAGGCGUACGAGUUACGCCAAGCAGCGUACGGCGCGGGCGACCCGAAUGCUCGUGAAGAAAUCCUGGCGAAAGCCAUCAACAAAGAAAUCGAAGCGGAAUCUUUCGGCAAGGCCGCAAAAUACACCCGCUCGGGAGCAUUCCAAGGACUUGCGGCUGGCGCUGGCCUAGGCGUCCAACCAGGCGUUACACUCGGGAGACUGACGGGGGCGUUAGUCGGCGGUUUGGUGUCUUCGGUAGGCGCUGUGUUAGGCGGGGGGAUCGGGUCCGCGUACGGCGCCAUCAGUGGUCCAUUCUGGGAUCUGGGACAAAUAGCAAGUCAAGGCGUGAGGAGUGUUGUAGGGGACUUUCCGAAUUGGGAAGCCACUGCAAGCCAGAAGAAGGCACUGGAGAAGAUGGUGAUGGGAGCCCAGCAGACCAAGACUCCGAGUCAAGGCGAAUUAGAGGAGAUGCGGGACGACGAUGGAGGCGGCAGCUCCGAAGACUACCAAGAGUGGGCGAGGGAUCUGACGAGCUGGAUGCCCUCGAUGCCCAGCAUGCCCAGCAUGCCCUCGAUGUCUUCGAUGCCGUCCAUACCGGGGUUUGGAGGAGGGCAAGCCAAAGCGUCUAAACCGCAAAACUCUGCUUCGGCUGGACCCAAGGCGACGAUUUCUCCCGCCUCCAAAUCACCCCAGUCACAAAAGACACCAGCAACACAAGCAACAUCUUCGAAGCCGCAAGCUGCUCCCACGACGGCGAGCGGCCCAACCGCAAAAUCGCAACCGUCUCAAGCUUCUCAGAAAGCGGAAGAGACGGCAGUAAAGAAGAAGCCGAAAAAGUUGGAGGUGAGGUCGACAAAUAGCACUGCCUCACAAUCAAAUCCCGCGGCCGCUCGAAAGCCUCCGCCCAAGUUGGAACAGCGGCGUAAACCCGCGGCGGCGGAUGCGUGA